AUGGAGGUCGCUUUGAUGGAGAUCAAAUGCCGAGCACGAGGCCAAAUGGAAGACGACCGAGGCGGAUUAGGGUUGAAAAUGGCAUGGGAUGGGGCUCCCAAUUUCCGCACGAGUGUUGAUUGGUGUGAUGAGAAGAGAUCGACUGCAGUACAGUGGGGCAGCUCGUUCUUAGCGGACAAGGCCGCGAACGGAGUGCCAAAUUUGGUUCGUUGGGCAUAUCCCGAGGGCGCGGAGCCCAGCAACGCCAGAUGGAGUAUACCGUAG